GGGUCCGCACAGGACGCCCCGACCCCCUAGCAAUCGGGGAAGCCCCGCCUCCACUCUGCUACGAGUCUCGAGGGCUAGCGGUGAAUGAGGCUUGGCUCUCCGGGCGGUUCUUGGGUUCCCCCCCGGCCCCGGAGAGGAAGCCGAGCUCCCUCCUGGAUUAACCCCGAGAUGGAGGAGGAAACCCCGAGGGAACCUGGGCCGCCGGCUCCGGACGAUGCUCCCCCCGAGCCUGCGAGCGGGGAUGACCCCAGCCCCGCGGCCGAGAAAGGUCCGGCGUCCCCGGAGGGCUCGGAGGCUGAGCUGCCCAAGCCCGGAAAAGAAGCCAAGGACCGGGCCGCCAAGGAGCUCUGCGGGUACUUGCUUAAAUUCGGAGGCAAAGGGCCCAUCAAGGGCUGGAAAUCCCGCUGGUUCUUCUACGACGAGAAAAAGUGCCACUUGUAUUACUCCAGGACUGCCCAGGAUGCUAACCCCCUGGGGAGUAUCGACCUUUCCACUGCUACGUUUGAUUGCAGAGUGGAAGCCGAAGAGGGCACUUUUGAGAUCAAAACUCCAAGUCGAGCUUUUACCCUGAAGGCUGUCAACAAACAAACCAUGAUGUACUGGUUGCAGCAGCUUCAGUGGAAGCGUUGGGAGUAUAACAACAGUCAGCCUGGAAUCCUGGUCUCAGGGGUCACUGAUGAAGCUUUGCCUGGGAAUGCCUCUCCCCUGCACAUCACACAAGAACUAGGUAAUGCAGAAACUGAUGAAUUUUUCUUCCCUGUGAAAACACCAACUGGACUAGUGGGCAUAGCAGCUGCUUCUCAGCCUGUUCCAGAGAUGCCCACUACCCUCCCGAAUAUUUCCCUCAAACACCUAGGAACUGAAAUACAAAACACAGUGCAUAACAUCUGUAGCAACAAGCAGUCCAGGGGAAAUGGCCGUGUUUCUCAAGGGGAUGAAUGCCAGAAGUUUGGGGAGAAUCAAAAUGAGGAGCAAUAUUUACAAGCAGACCCAGGACUUGCUGGAAAAGAAAUAGAGGAAUAUUCAAGAUUUCCACAGAAGUUGGGUCUGACAGCAAAUUUUAUUCAGAAAGCCAGAAAGCAGAACAGUAACUUCCAUAUCUUUACUGAAGGCCUAUGUGAAAAACAUGUUCAGGAAAAAGUUGGGGCCCUUCAGCAGCAGGUUCUAACUCUUGCAGAGGAUUUAAAGUCUCAGAAGGAACUUGUGAAGAUUCUGCAUAAAGCUCUUGAAGCAGCCCAGCAGGAAAAACGAGCUUGUAGCACAUACCUCACAGCUGCCGAAGAUAAAGACCGUCUGGAGCUGGUUCGGCACAAGGUGAGACAAAUUGCUGAGCUGAGAAAGCAUGUGGAGAGCCUCCAACAAGACAAGAAGGCCCUUGAGGAUUCCCUGGGCCUGAGAGAGGAGCACAUUAAGGAACUCCAACAGCAUGUGCAGCUGUUAAUGGACAAGAACCAUGCCAAGCAGCAGGUCAUCUUCAAGCUCACGGAGAAAGUGACCAGGGAUUUCAUAGACCCCCCAAAGGCAGCCGAUGGGCUGGACUCUGGGACCUUCCUAAAUCCUCAUGAAAAGGUCGAGCAUUUGAAGGAUGACAUAGAAGCCUAUAAGACCCAGAACCGAUUCCUGAACUCUGAAAUCCACCAGGUCACAAAGAUAUGGAGAAAUGCUGCUGAGAAGGAGAAAGUCCUUUUGAUGAAAUGUGCAUAUCUCCAAGCAAAGAAUUGUCUUGAAAGCAAAUACCUCACUGUGUUGCGGAAGCUACAGGACAUGUUACCCAGUGAGGAAAGCGAAUAUGGGGAGAUGUUAAAGAAACUGGUUCAUGAAGCUCUACAGUGGGAUGUAAAGGAGGGAGCAGCAGACUCCAUGAAACUGAAUCCUAUCAGUGAAUAUGAUGACUAUGGAUUCAUGACUGUCCCUGAUUAUGAAGUUGAGGACUUAAAACUUCUAGCAAAAAUCCAGGCUCUAGAGAUAAGAUCUAAUAAUCUCUUGAACCAUGAGGCAGUAGAGAAACCCCUCCGUGAGAAAUGGAACAGUAUUGGAGAACUUAUGCCUUCUGCAGACCUGAAGCAUCUGAUCCGGAGUGGCAUCCCUCCCGAGCACCGCCAGCGGGUCUGGAAGUGGAUGAUAAGCCUCCGGGUCAGGCCUAUCCAAACACCUAAUCAUUAUGACUUACUGCUCAAAAAGUGUGAAACCAUGGAGCACCCAGCCUUUCGGCAGAUUGAGCUAGACUUGAAUCGCACCUUAACUAACAACAAGCACUUUACAAGCCCCUCUUCUAAAUUUAUCUCCAAACUCCGGAGAAUACUACUUGCAUUCUCCUGGCAGAACCCUACCAUUGGCUAUUGUCAAGGGCUGAACAGAUUGGCAGCCAUUGCCCUGUUGAUUUUAGAAGAGGAAGAAAGCGCUUUCUGGUGCCUAGUUUGUAUUGUUGAGACCAUAAUGCCUGCAGAGUACUACACUAAAAUGUUAAUAGCAUCUCAGGUAGAUCAAAGGGUUCUCCAAGAUUUUUUAUCAGAGAAACUUCCUAGGUUGAUGGCCCACUUGGAGCAGCACAAAAUCGACCUGUCACUGAUCACCUUCAACUGGUUCCUUGUGAUUUUUGUGGACAACCUCAUCAGCGACAUAUUGCUCAGAGUCUGGGACGCCUUCCUAUAUGAAGGAAUUAAGGUGAUAUUCCGAUAUGCCCUUGCUAUAUUUAAGUACAAUGAAGAAGCAAUACUAAGGAUUCAUGAUACUCUUGAGAUCUACCAGUAUCUUCGAUUCUUCACCAAAACGAUUUGCAAUGGCCGUAAACUGAUGAAUAUUGCUUUCAAUGACAUGAACCCCUUUCCCAUGAAGCAACUCAGAAACCGUCGGGCCAUGCACAGGGAAAAGCUUGAGACUGAACUGCGGGAGCUGGAGCACAUCAAAGCAGAAUUCCUGAAAAAGAGAGCCAUGCAGGGAAGCAAGUCAUUGGAGGGUUGCAUGAGUGAGGAUGAGGAAGAGACCUAGCUAGAGGUCCCUGACCCACUCAUCUUCUGCCUUGGCAAUCUGGGGAAUUGACAGGUUGCUUGGGUUUUUGUCUUUUUCUUUCUCAAAGCUCUUUAUGAUUUUCUAACCAAAAAUGCAUCUAAAAAGGAGUAAAUAGCACCAAAGGAGGGAUGAGGAUGAGACCGUUCAAAUCCAGGGAGAUUGCUGGAAAGAUUCUCUCCCGCCAUGUGGCCCAGCCCUGUGUUUGCUGCAGCCCUCUCUUUUCUGCCUCCUUCUUACCUCAGUUUCAUCCUCCUCAGCCCCAGUGGAGCAGCUACUACUACUCACAGGUUG